AGCGAACGCUAAAAGCGCUACUAUGAAGGUGAACAACAAAAAAGGGAAGAUUAAAAUCAGAUACCAAAUCUUCAAAACAGAAACAAAACCACCAGUACGUUGAUUGAUUGACAGCGCACUUCUGCAAACGAAACCGUUGGGUUUGCCGAAAGAUGAUUUCUUCCUGAAGCGCAACGAGCCAGAAACGCAGAGACUGAGAUCCAGAUUAUCGAGUGCCGGUACCGAUUAUAGUCCAGGUUUGUCUGCUACCUUACACUACCAGUAAGCAAUUACACGCAACCGUCGGAUGUCAAUUGUCAACAGUUUGGCCAAGCUUCAGGCUCGAGAGCGCGCUCGCACCAAGGAGAAGCUUGGCUAGACAUGAUACGAUUUCUCUGGUUUUAUUUCUGCCGUGUCCAGCGUUCUUGACUUAUGCUGCCAAAUUGUUGCUUUCUUCUUAACCUAUACAAACUGUGAGCUGACCUUAGCAUAGCUUUCAGCCGAGGGAGCGUUCACCGAAAAGGAAUGCAGUCACCAUAUUAACGGCCCAAGUGAAUUCAUGUUAGCGACCCUUGCAUUCUCAACCGUCGCGUUGUUCAUGCGUGAUUCGAAUUCCACCGAACUUUUCCGUCCCAGCAUGUUCGGAGGAAGCGUAAUAUCGCACGCGGUUCUAGAGGAGGAAUAUUAGGAACACUCCUAUGUGCUUUUUCAACUUUGCCUAAUGAAAAUUAUCUAGCUCUCUGCAAGUUCAGUAACAAAGGCUGGCGAAUUCACUAACAAACUAGUGGAUCCAGCCAUUCUUUGAGUAUUAUGCGUUUAUUCGUUAUGAAGAAUAAAUAAGGUGAAUAUCUUAUGAAGGUAAUCUCUUAUGUACCUUUAGGUAAGCAAUGUAUCUUGCGAAGAUUUUGUCGAAUUGGGUCGAUAAUCGACUCAAAAUUGAUUUGUAACAUUUGGGCAUAGUUCAACGUGUUUCUCAAUUGGACGCUUUUACACAUGGGACAGUUGUGAAUGCUUAUGGGCAGCAUAACCAGCGAAGGAGAAACAAUCGAGAAAGCACCUAACUCGGAAGACCGUUUGACGUGUAGAUAUCCCAGUGAAAUCCUUGAUCCCCACGAUACAACUGUUAGCCAAAAUGUGAUUCUCUAUUAAUCUCGCUGUAUAUAUAUGAACAUCUAUAUAUAUAGUUGACCCGACGCCCACGAGUUCUACUGUGCGCCGCCGUGUCUCGAUGUCCGUGUGUUGUUAACCAAGAGGAAGGGAUCAGAUGGGCGCAUUGCCACAAAACCACUGUUUGCCACUCGACCGUUGUUAUGGAUAUUAAAUGUAUGUUAAAUAAAAGAACAUCAAAGAGAGCGGCUCGGUUCAGAGAGCUGCUAUGCAGA